UCCCUGCGGAAUCCGAUGUGGAGGCCCAGAGGUGACGUUCCCGCCUCCAAGAGGCCUUUUCUGAGAACUCACACCCUCCCCUCCGGUCUGGCGUUGGAAAACCUCGAUCAGAUGGUUGUCUCCAGUUUUGGAAGUCUGGAAAGUCAGCCUGAUUUCCGGUCCCCAGAGUUCGAAGAAUUUAACGGGAAACCUGACUCACUCUAUUUUAAUGAUGGCCAGCGAAGAAUCGACUUCGUCCUGGUGUAUGAAGAUGAGAGCAGGAAAGAGAACAAUAAAAAGGGUUCAAACGAAAAGCAGAGGAGAAAAAGACGGGCCUAUGAAUCGAACCUCAUCCAUGAUGGCCUGGAGCUAGAAGCAACGAGAUCGGUUUUGGAUGACAAGCUAGUAUUUGUAAAGGUACAUGCCCCGUGGGAGGUGUUAUGUACAUAUGCGGAGUUAAUGCACAUCAAAUUGCCUCUGAAACCCAAUGAUCUGAAAACCCGGUCUUCAGCCUUCGAUAAUUUCAACUGGUUUAGCAAAGUCCUCCAAGUGGAUGAAAGUAUCAUCAAGCCAGAGCAGGAGUUUUUCACCGCUCCAUUUGAGAAGAACCGAAUGAAUGAUUUUUAUAUUCGUGAUCAAGAUACCUUCUUUAAUCCAGCCACCAGAAGCCGCAUUGUUUACUUCAUUCUCUCCCGAAUCAAGUAUCAAGUGAGCAACAAUGUUAAAAAGUUUGGAAUUAACAAACUUGUAAGCUCUGGGAUCUACAAGGCAGCUUUCCCUCUUCAUGAUUGCAACUUCAGCUAUCCAUCGGAGGAUUUCAGCUGCCCGAAUGAACGGUACCUGCUGUACAGAGAAUGGGCUCAUCCUCGAAGCAUAUACAAAAAGCAGCCCUUGGAUCUCAUCAGGAAAUAUUAUGGAGAGAAGAUCGGAAUCUAUUUUGCCUGGCUGGGCUAUUACACUCAGAUGCUCCUCCUGGCAGCAAUAGUGGGCGUGGCGUGCUUUCUCUACGGAUACAUGAAUCGAAAUAACUGCACAUGGAGCAAAGAAGUUUGUGAUCCUAAUAUUGGCGGCAACAUCAUAAUGUGUCCUCAGUGUGAUAAGCUUUGUCCAUUCUGGAAACUCAAUAUUACUUGCGAGUCCUCACAGAAAUUGUGCAUCUUUGACAGCUUUGGAACCCUAGUCUUUGCAGUAUUUAUGGGGGUAUGGGUUACCUUGUUUUUGGAGUUUUGGAAGCGGCGCCAGGCGGAACUUGAGUAUGAAUGGGACACUGUUGAGUUACAGCAGGAAGAACAGCCCCGGCCCGAAUAUGAGGCACGAUGUACUCACGUGGUGAUCAAUGAGAUUACUCAGGAAGAAGAGCGUGUUCCCUUUACUACCUGGGGGAAAUGCAUACGUGCCGUCCUCUGUGCGAGUGCUGUCUUAUUCUGGAUCCUACUUAUCAUUGCUUCAGUUAUUGGGAUCAUUGUCUACAGACUCUCAGUGUUCAUUGUAUUUUCUGCAAAACUUCCCAAGAACUUGAAUGGAACAGACCCGAUCCAGAAGUAUCUGACCCCACAGACGGCCACGUCCAUCACCGCUUCCCUCAUCAGCUUCGUCAUCAUCAUGAUUCUGAACACCAUCUAUGAGAAAGUGGCAAUCAUGAUUACUAAUUUUGAACUCCCAAGGACCCAGACUGACUAUGAGAACAGCCUAACCAUGAAGAUGUUCUUAUUCCAGUUCGUCAACUACUACUCUUCAUGUUUCUACAUCGCAUUCUUCAAGGGCAAAUUUGUCGGUUAUCCCGGAGACCCAGUGUAUUGGCUGGGAAAAUACAGAAAUGAAGAGUGUGACCCAGGCGGCUGUCUCCUUGAACUGACAACACAACUGACAAUAAUCAUGGGAGGAAAAGCAAUCUGGAAUAACAUACAAGAGGUGUUACUUCCCUGGGUCAAGAAUCUAAUCGGACGCUGUCGCACAGUUUCGGGCUCAGAAAAGAUAUCCCCGCGAUGGGAACAGGACUACCAUCUGCAGCUCAUGGGCAGGCUGGGAUUAUUUUAUGAAUAUCUUGAAAUGAUUAUUCAGUUUGGCUUUGUCACCUUAUUUGUGGCCUCUUUUCCACUGGCCCCUCUGCUGGCUCUGGUGAACAAUAUAUUGGAAAUAAGGGUGGACGCGUGGAAAAUGACUACGCAGUAUAGACGCAUGGUGCCAGAAAAAGCCCAGGACAUUGGAGCGUGGCAGCCCAUCAUGCAAGGAAUCGCCAUCCUGGCUGUGGUGACCAAUGCCAUGAUUAUUGCUUUCACAUCAGACAUGAUCCCCCGCCUGGUGUAUUACUGGUCCUUCUCUGUCCCUCCAUAUGGGAACCACACCCACUACACCAUGGACGGAUACAUCAACAAUACUCUCUCCUACUUCAACAUCGCCGACUUCAAAAACAGGAGCAAGGGAAAUCCAUACUCCGGGCUUGGUAACCAUACCACGUGCAGGUACCGUGAUUUCCGGUACCCUCCUGGACACCCACAGGAGUAUAAACACAACAUCUACUACUGGCACGUGAUCGCGGCCAAGCUGGCUUUUAUCAUCGUCAUGGAGCACGUCAUCUACUCCGUGAAGUUUUUUCUGUCAUACGCAAUUCCGGACGUAUCGAAAAGCACAAAGAGCAAGAUUAAGAGAGAAAAAUACCUAACCCAGAAGCUUCUCCAUGAGAAUCACCUCAAAGAUAUGACCAAAAACCUGGCUGAGCACAUGAUAGGGGUGGUAGAUAACCACUUACGGCCCAAAUUAGAGUAAGGGCUUUAUGUUCUGAGAAAAACCUUACAGAAUUUUGGUCUGUCAAAAAAUAUUAUGGACCUCUAAUGAAAAUGCUUAGAAACCUCCCCUUCUGCAGCAGAAUGGGUUCUUGUUUUCCUAUGUGAUUGUGUUUAGGGAGUGUUUCCUUUCUUCACUUUGCCAGACCUGUGCCAGUUACCUCCCCUCACAGUGCCAUCGUUAAGACGACGUGCGCUAGCUUCUGCAUGGUUGAGAACUGGUCACUCGGAAUGCAGCCUGAUGCUGUGUGAAGUGGCAGAGAGACGAGAAUUCAUGAUAUGUAGGUGCAUUAUCACAGCCCCACGGAAAAGGAAACCUCAGCUAGCAGGAAACAGCUGGCGGGCUUCAUUUUGGCCUAUCUGCCCAUCUCAAAGAAACGCUCAUCGUGGACUGGAAUGAGGACAGCGAGGUUCUGCAGCGUGUCUGUGCCAACCCACAGUGACACCUCUUAUCUGCCAGGAGCCAUCCCAGAAUGGCCUGUGCCUCAUCAGUGUUCACUGCUUGGCAACUCUGAAGGGAGUAAGGUGACAGAGGCGGGGAAAGUUACACUCAAAAGGAAUCAUAACUCCUGUUGAACAAGAUCAUUAAUUCACCUCUUCUAAAGAUACGUAGUUUCUUAAAAAAAAAAA